GAGUGAAGAGGAGAGUGAGCUUCGAGACACCUUAGUGACGUCACUUGCUCAUAGCACGAAGUCGCGUACCAGGUGCCUUCGUAAUGCAAGAAUUCACGAAUGAACGUGUCUGAUAGGCACACAUGAGAGGCGAACGCGCAGAAGUCAGGAUGAUGUUACACCGAAUGUAGCGUUAUCGGCAUUCGAGAAGGGUCGCCAGCGCUUUCCUGAUCGGGUUUCUUCUUCAGCACCUGUCAAGAAGUCAAGAUGAUCAUCAAGCUGAAAGAACUCCGUCUUCGGUGACUGUGCAUUUCCCAAGUGAGACAUCGUGCGAUAAUGGUUGAAAGCUAGUGACUUUGCUUGCAGACACCAGUAAAAAGCUUGGAAGAUUUAAACACUGCGUUACACAGUGUUCUCGAGAUUUUGCCUGCAACCCGCAACAAGCAAGGGCCAACGAAAAUGCAUCAAACGGUGUAUCUAGUGAUGGCUAUAGUCCUCGUGGGGCGGACGUGUCUCAACUCACCAUUCGUCAGCGGUCAAGAGACGUCUACAAAAAGCCUCGAAGCCGAAUUGACGGAUGUUGGUGGCAUGCUCAUGAAGAAAAUGAUGCCAGUGGCAUCGGAACUGGCCACCAGCCCCGAGCUCAGCCCCGAAUGCGCUGGAAGCCUGUUCAAGAUCCUCAAGGCUACAAGGGCAAGAGAGCCAUGGGCCAUAAGGAUGAUUCUGGCUAAUGGACUGCUGCCGAACAAUGUCCUCGAGGGAAGUCUCAUCAGCCUCGGAGGUUACGAACAGUGCCUCAAGACCAGGGUGUUCAACUCCGAGGGAGAGGUGACACACAAGGGACAGUACUGCAGCCUCUUCGUCUACCCACCAUGGUCGGUCAUAGAGACUCUGGUGAAGAAGUUUCAGGCUGUUGGAGAAUUUAGAGGCAGGCUGAACCCCCUUACCGUCACCACGAAUGCCAAGAUAGGAAAGAAAGCACUGCGUAUCGGACUGUGCACUCUCAACUCUUGCUCCGAGGAUGAAAUCAAGUUCCUUGCUGCUGGAGUUUUCAAGCAAUACGGCGCCAACACAACGGUUAGCGGCUGCCGGACAGACGAUCCAAAAGAGCUGACUAAACUUCAAUAUGCUUCAAUAUAUUACUUGAGCGUCCUUGGACUUCUUGUGCUUAUAGGAACACUUAUUGAAUGGAUCGUGAUGACGCUGCCGGCGCCGGACAUGGAAGCCAGUCUGUUACGCGUAUGGCCGCCGCUGCGAUGGCUCAUGUAUUUCUCUGCAAUCAGCAACACAAAACGCCUCCUGAAGACCACAGCCAGAAAAGAAAAUCAGAAUCUGGUUUUCCUCAGUGGCUUCAAGAUUUUCCUCAUACUUUGGGUCAUCUACGCACAUUGCUACGUCUUAAUACAGCCAGAAUUUGCACGAACACCGUUCAUCUUUGUAGACCUGUCGGAGAAGGUUCUCUUUCAAUUGAUGCUCAAUGGUCUCCUCAGCGUGUCUACAUUUUUAUUCUUAAGUGGAUUCGUGAUGUCGUUCUUAAUGCUCCAGUCCCGCGCAGUUGUUCGCAAGCAAAAUCCUAUAGGUGUUUACAUCCUCGCCGCUGUUCGUCGGUACAUCAGGCUAAUGGUUCCGAUCAUAUCUGUGGUGAUGGCAUGCUUCCUUCUACCGCACUUUGCUGACGGCCCUGCCGACCACGAGCUCUUGCAACAGCAGGUGGACGGGUGCAUCCACCGUUGGUGGGCGGUUCUACUAAGUUUCAACAACUUCUACACCGUUGACAAAAUGUGCAUGAUCCACCUGUGGUACGUGAGCACCGAUAUCCAGAUAUUCCUCGUGAUAGCAUUUCCGCUCACGAUCCUUUUUGUCUGGCACCCCAAGUUUGCACUUUUGUUGUCAUGUGCUAUUUCCUUGGCAUUUUGUAUUUUGGUAUCUCUGCAAACUCACUUUUGGCACCUGGUUUACUCCGGGACGGCAUCCUCCAAUGACAUGGUGCGUGUUGUAGAAACCAUCGAGCUGGUCUACUUCCGACCUUUCACACAUGUUGCGACAUACGUUCUUGGCGUCGUUGUCGGAUACUUGGCAGUGCAGUACGGGAAAGCGAAAAUUGGCCUGGUCAUGCAGAUUGCCCAGUGGAUCAUAUCACUGGCACUAACGGGCUUCAUUCUGUUCAUCACGCUGCCGUGGAAUCGAGGCAACCCACCAGACGACAUAACGACGGCCAUUUACGGCGGAUUCCAUCGUCUGGUCUGGUCACUGGGGCUCGUCUGGCCCGCGUAUGCCUGCGCCACAGGACGAGGAGGUUUGCUGAACGCCUUCUUCUCGUGGAAGCCAUUCUUGCCAUUGUCUAGGCUUGUAUAUUGUGUCUAUCUCGUUCAUGUGCCUCUUCUAUACCUUCGCAUGGGCAUCCUAAAAACGCACAUCAGCAUCAACGAAUUCUUCCAGCUCAACACUGCCAUCGGCCUGUUCGGCAUGAGCUUGUUCCUGGCGUACCUUCUGUACCUGUCCACGGAAGCACCCGUGACGCACUUGGAAAGGCUGCUAUUCGAGGGCAAACGGAAGGACGCUAUUAUGAACAGCGCCAAGAAGCCUGCGGAUGCUCUGCCGGCCAAAAUGCCCAUUGUUGAGUGGGAGACGAAGAAGGAUCCUCUGGAGAAGGGCUUCGAAAUUAAGCUCACCAUAGAGACAGAUGCCAAGAAAAUGGCCGUGAAAGAAAGUGGCGUCGACAACGGUGCUUUCCAGGCCGACUCUGAGAAGUCCAAGCUCUGAACAGCCUUUCAGCGCAAGCACGGACUGCAAAAAAGAAUAAGUGACAUCGCGACGGCUACAGAUCUGUCCUCUGAGCAUAUUUGAACCUGCAGUGGAGUGAACGCCUGCAACAAAA